GGGACAGGAACUCGUAUAGUCACGUGAUUGCGCGCGAAUGAUUCAACUAACCACAGCCGUUAAUACAUACUAAAAAUAAACAUGACUGCGCGAUGCAACGGAAGCUGUCCCCCCACAUUUUCAACCUAGCAAUGUGUAUGGCGCGUCCCUCCUAUAGGGUCCCUACAGCAGAGUGCACAUGAGUACGAUUGACCAAUCACAUUUCACUAAAAUCACCAAUACAAAUGCUUAGCAGAAAACAUAUCGACGGUGUGUACAGUCUUAACAAAUCAAGUUACGCCGAAUGUGGGUAAGCCAGGAUGGAGAUGCAUUAGCAGAUCUACUUUCUCUUAGACAUAAUCAUAUUUUAAUACCUAAUAUCGGAUCAGAAACAGCUAUGACAAAGGCAAUGGAACAUUUAUCUGCUCCUUUCGAUGAUCUAGUACUUUAUCAUCUCAAGACUAUAGCAGCAAUAAAUAAAAAUGAUCCUUUUACAAUGUACACUAACCAAAGUUCGGCAGUUCAAUCUUUAACUAAAAUUCUUCAAAUACAGAAGGAAGAGAAUUGGAUGCUAAGAGUUAUGAAUGUAAUGUGUUUAGAGUUAAGAUUAUUAGCAGUUCGUACAGAAAGUUCAACAUCAAAUAGAAAUAUGAAACCCGGUGAGGUUCUUGAAAAAUGUGCCGAAUGUUUAAUGGGUUGUUUUAGAGUAUGUGCUGCUGAUAAUCGUAGUUCAGAAUAUGAUACAAAAAGAUGGGGAAUGUUGGCAUUAGUUAACCAGCUUUUAAAAGUUUACUUCAGAAUUAAUAAAUUACAUUUAUGUAGACCUUUAAUAAGAGCAAUAGAAUCAUCUCCAUAUAAAGAUCAUUUUGCAUUAGCCCAACAAAUUACAUAUAAAUUUUUUGUUGGUCGUAAAGCUAUGUUUGAUAGCGAUUACAAAACUGCUGAUGCAUAUUUGACAUAUGCAUUUGAACACUGUCAUAAGCAUUCUCUAAAAAAUAAAACAUUAAUUUUAACGUACCUUGUACCAGUUAAAAUGUUGCUUGGAUAUAUGCCAAAAAAAUCUCUAUUAGAAAAAUACAACCUAAUGGAAUUUUGGGAAUUAGUGGAAUCCGUAAAGAAAGGAGAUUUACGUAGUUUAGAAAGAGUAAUGACAAAGCACGAAACGUUUUUCAUUGGUGCUGGAAUAUACUUGAUUGUUGAAAAAUUAAAAUUAAUUGCAUACAGAAAUCUAUUUAAAAAGGUUUAUCUUGUAUUAAACACACAUCAAAUACCAGUUCAAAGUUUACUUUCUGCGUUGGAAAUGCAUGGCAUUGAAGACGUAGAUAUGGAUGAAACAGAAUGUAUUGUUUCAAACUUAAUAUAUGAAGGAAAAAUAAAAGGAUAUAUAUCUCAUCAACAUAAAAAAUUAGUUAUAUCGAAACAAAAUCCAUUUCCUAUAUUGUCUACGAUACUAUAAAGACUGUUAAUAUUAUUGUGUUAUUGAUAUAUACUAGCCAAUAAAAAGAUGUAUAAAGUAUAUUUAUAUGAAAAAUCUGUAUGUGAGUUUUUUUAAAUCCAUUUUUAUAGAGAAAAAUUGUUUA